CCCAAUAUCCGACUCCGCUGAAUAGAAUCAAUAUUGUGCGUACGUUUAAGGGGCAUCGUUGAUCAGCCUCUCUUCGUUACACCAAAACCUCCAACGGAAAACGUCACAUCAUGUCUACAUCACCUAAUGCUGCAAGAGAGGAGGGGAAGGCAGAGAAUCGAAAAGAGGCGGCCACAGAGUCGUCGACUCGCACAAUCCCGAAGUUUUCGAGCUUCAAAGCUCUGCAGCCGCGACCGACCACAGCAACUCCAACUCUCGCUACAAAAGAGACUCCAGACGAAACUAUCAGAGAGAGGGAGAAGAAGAGGGAGAAGAGGGAGGGACCCUCUCGGGGCAAGGAGAAGGACGAGGGUAGGCGUGGUUAUCGAAGUCACCGAUCGCAGAGCCGCGAGCACAAGCACAAGAGAGUGCACCACGAACGGGACAAGGACAAUGACAGGACCGACGACGAGCAACGCAAACGACGACACCGCCACGGCGAUUCCAAAGAGAGGACAUCCCACUCGCGGCGCGGCCAUGAUCGUGAGAAAGACGACACAGCGCGGCGGCGUCGGAGGUCCAGGUCACGAGAGGCGGGGACAACAACUACCUCACUGAUACCAAGGGACACCGCAUAUUAUCCAGAAGAGGGAAAAGAGGAACCCCGAGAUGCCCCUCAGAAGCAAUAUUUUGUGGAUACGAAGGGCGAUGAAUUCAAUCUAGUCUAUGGCACCAUGCACCGAUACUCUAUACCAGACUACCAUCGCGGUGGCAGUGGCCGCAUCGUGGGGCUCUCGCCGAAUCUUAGAAUCGACAGGGCUAAGGGAGAUGGAAAGGUCAUGGUACUCAGCACCCGCGGCGGCGGCGGCGCCGGAGGAGAAGAUUCAUCCGUGAGAGCUAUGCGCCAAGCAUUCUCAAAGUUAGCAAACAAAGAAUCCAGGAGACUACGGAUUAAGAAGGACGAGACGGGCUUGGAUGAAGCGUUCUCGAGAAAUAUGGACUUUGUGCCCUUGACAAUCGAAACCAAAAAGAGGAAGAACCGCGGCGAAGACGUGGGAUCCGACGACUCGGAUAAAGAAUGGGAUCAUUACCGAAGCAUCGAGGGCCUGAAGAAACCCUCUACUCGCCCAGACGAUAUGGAUUUAGAGUAUGCAUCAGACUCUGCAUCGGAGGCUGAUUACAUUUCGACUGGCGGGGACUGGGGUGAUCGGAAGUCAAUGGUUGAGUUUGCGCGGAAGGUCGAGGCAGAGCCCAGGAAUGCCGAAGCGUGGCUGGCGUAUGUUGGUCAUCACGACACGAUCAUAAGUGGCGCAGGGAGGCGCAAGACAGCUGCAGAGAAGCGAAGCACAGCGGAAGUCCAGUUGGACAUCCUGCAGAAGGCACUGAACAAGAACCCUGGCCAUGAAGCCUUGCUCUCCAAAUAUAUGGACGUUGCUCAGGAAAUAUUGCCUCCACAAAAGCUGCUCUCAAAGUGGAACGAAAUCCUCAAGGAAAAUCCAUCGCAGAUCAAUCUGUGGAGGAAGUUCAUCGACUUUCGACAGACUGAUUUUCUUUCGUUCUCUUAUCCUAAGUGCCUGAAGUGCUAUGAGGAAUGCCUUGCGGUUUUGAGAACUGCAGCUUUCAGGGCGGGUGUCGGAAGCUUGGAUAGGCAAGCACUUGAUGAGGUUAUUGUCUACGUCUUCACUCGCACUAUACUAUUCAUGUCUGAAUCCGGAUACCGAGAGAGCGCCAUCGCAGCUCUCCAAGCAAUGCUGGAACUCAAUCUAUUUCAUCCCACUAACCUGACGCCUCCCACAUCUCAACUUGAGUUUGAAAUGAUUCUAGAGGUGUUUGAAAGAUUCUGGGAUAGUGAGGUUCCGAGAAUAGGGGAGAAAAAGGCGCUUGGUUGGGCUUCGUUUGUAGAUGCGGCGGAGACUGGCACAUCUCCAAAGGCAUCCAAAGAUGACCUUCAGCUUCCCCCAUUGGAACCCAGAGAUCCUUUCGGCUCUUGGACGGAUGCGGAGCUUGAAUGGUCGAGAAAGACCGGUAUGCCGGCCAGAACAAUUGACGAGAUUGACGACGAUGAUCCGUACAGAGUGAUUCUAUUCUCAGACAUCAGACCUUUCCUGUUUAGCUUUUCUAGCGAGACCUCUCGCAAGCGGCUGGCCGAGGCCUUCCUUAUGCUCAGGGGCAUGCCUCUGGUCGGGCCGUACUGUUCAAAUAGUGAGGUCGAGGCGGACGUGUUCCUCUCACCAGGAAUGAAGUUUGAUUCGUCUGAAUUGUGGUUCUGGCCCAAGGAGCAGAGCAAAUGGGACGCCCUGCCAAUAACUUGGGAAGGGAUGGAACCGGAGAAAAAGGCAGUGAUGGGCGACGAUCCGUUUGGAUUCAAGCUUCGAAACUUUCCUGUUGGUUCCGAGAGUCUUUUCAACAGGUCUACUGGCUGGUUCAAUGGGAUUUCUUCUGCCAAAUCGCUACCGCCAAAUGAGGUUCAGUUAAUUCGAAAUACUCUGGAAAAGCUGGUGGAGAGGCUUAGUGACGAUUCCUGGAGCUUCUACUAUCUUGAGUGGAUAUGGAAAAAUGAUCCCAAAAGGAUUGGCAAAGCCGUGUCGCUAUGUUCCAAGACCAUUCGAGUAUGGGGCGCGGUAACUCAGAUAAGGUGGCACGACUCGACGCACGAGGAAGGAAGAUCCAUCUUCUCAACAUCCAGUAAAGAGUCGUCGAAAAGCACAGAUCCGAAUAAGAUUUUCAUGUGGCAUGCAUGCAUAUGGGAGGAACUCUUCAUUGGAAACGCUCAAAGAGCUAUUCGCCUAUUGCUUUCAAUUGAGAGCGGGGAACUGCUCGGGAGUGAUGAGAAUGAUGAGAAUGGUCCUGGGCCAGGCAAUGUGUCGAAAUUGUUGCUUCUUAAGUGCAGAAAGUACCUCGAAUACCAGCAGCAUACCAUGCUGUCUAUCAAGCUCAACGAACAUGCGGGGAUGUAUAAUGACUUGAGAGCGCUGCUCGAGUACCUAGCUGGUGGUAACAACCUUGAUGCUGCUAUUGCUGUGUACGAUGGGUUCACCUCCGAGCUGGGCCGACGUUCAUUGACUGGGCCAACGUCCCACUUUUGCGAGCUCUGCCUACUCCGCAAAGUACGCUUGGUUUAUAUGCACUCUACGACCGCGAGGCCUUUCAAGCCGGCAACGCUGAGAUCCCAUCUCGAAGCUGCACUCGAGAUAUUUCCCCACAACAUGGCAUUUUUGUCUCUCUACGCUUGGAAUGAGAGUAGAACGAAAAUCGAAAACCGAUUGCGAACUGUUAUCAGAGAUCGCGUCCUCAAAGAUGGCAACGAGACCGUCGCAGGCUGGCUCUUUGCCGUGUGGGCGGAGAUGCGGAUGGCACAGCACUACAAUGUCCAUGCCGUCAGGCACCUCUUUGAGCGUGCGGUGGAGUGCAAUAGAACUCGACAUAGCGUUCAGUUGUGGAUGAUGUUCGUCGAGUUUGAGAUCAGACACAAAGAAUACCGCCGAGCCAAAGAUAUACUCUCACGGGGAAUUAAGCAUUGCCCAUGGUCAAAAGAACUCGUAAUGAUGGCAUUUACGAAGUUACAGUGCACGUUGGAGUUGGAGGAAUCCCGGAAAUUGUUAUCCAUCAUGAGUGAGGAAAAGGAGCUUAGAACUCAUGAUGUUACGGAAUUGGAGGAUUUGGUGGAGGACCUGAUGGACGCCAGGCGAGAUGGAGGAGGCGGGUUAGAUGGAGGUGCGGACGAGGAUUUCAUCAAGCUUCCUGAUGAUGACAGCGAUGAGGAGAUGGAAGAUGAGUAGGAUAGUGGAUUUUUGGCAUCACAAAUCUGUACCGCUUUCCUUCAGUCGAAUGUCUUCUUUCAGAUUCCAAUUAGAUAUCAGAAUGGUACUCGCUUUGAUAUAUG